AUGAAGCCUUCGUUCUUUGGCUUCUUAGGCCUUCAAGUUGCCUUGCCAAUCUUAGGCAGCCCAGUGCCUGGUUCGACGGGUCCCGAGGUGAGGCAAGCCGCUGAUGAUGGGUUUCAGCAGCUUGCAUCACUCGCCCAAGCUGCCUACGACAAAACGAAGUCUGCAAUUGAUGCCAGCAAGACUCAGAAGCGCGCCGGUACUUGUGGUUGGCAUAACAUUCGAAUUCGCAGAGAAUGGGGCGUCUUGAGCCGACAAGAAAGACUUGACUACAUCAGUGCAGCCAAGUGCCUGCAAUCGAAGCCGGCGCUGACUCCCUCGUCGGCGGCUCCUGGGGCAAAGACUCGCUUCGAUGACUUCGUGGCUACCCACAUCAAUCAGACCCUGACUAUACACUACACGGGGAACUUCCUCUCUUGGCAUCGAUACUUCACAUGGAUUUACGAAGAAGCUCUCAGGAACGAAUGCGGAUACAAGGGCACUCAACCUUACUGGGAUUGGACUAAAACUGCCGUCUCGGGUAUGGAAAAGUCGCCCAUUUUCGACGGCAGUGAAACGUCAAUCUCUGGUGACGGCGAGUUUAUCCCUGACCGAGACGACAUCAUUCUCGGAGGUCAAAAUGGCCUCCCUCCCAUCAAUCUGCCUGUAGGCACCGGUGGAGGCUGUGUGACCUCCGGCCCGUUUAGGAAUAUGUCGGUCAAUCUUGGUCCUGCGGCACUUGACCUUCCCGGGGGUGUUUCCGAGGCCAAUCCGGACGGUCCUCUGUCUUACAACCCUCGCUGCCUCAAGCGUGACCUCACCACUGCUGUCAAUCUUGCAUACGCCAACAUUACGGCCGUGGUCUCAAACAUCCUCAAGCCACAGAACGUUUACGACUUCCAAAUGCAAAUGCAGGGUGUUCCUGGCUCGGGUAACAUCGGUAUUCACGGUGGUGGUCACUACGCCCUCGGCGGAGACCCAGGAAGAGAUGUCUUCACCUCCCCAGGCGACCCUGCCUUCUACCUCCACCACUCCAUGAUUGACCGAGUGUGGUGGAUGUGGCAGAUGCUGUCUCCUCAAGAGCGUCAGUAUGGCGACAUCUCCUUGAGCGGCACCAACACCUUCCUGGACCAACCUCCCAGUGCCAACACCACUAUGGACGACCUCUUGGAGUAUGGGUGGGUUGGUGGUGAGCCGCUGAAGAUCAGAGAUGCCAUGAGCACUGUUGCCGGGUCUUUCUGCUAUGUCUACUUGUGA